AUGAGCAUAAUAAUGACGACUCCACCAGAAGCUGCGACGGUGGUCGGAUCGCCAACUCCAUCGUCAUACUGUGAGCUGAUGAGUGAAUUCAGCACAAGUCCAUCAAGUUUGGCCGCUGCAACACCACCGGAUGCUCCGAACAUCAUGAUGAAGCCGUCAAGAUCCCGAUCAACAUCGAUAGCUAGCGAAGGGGAGCCUGCAUAUGGAAGUCCGAAGCCUAAACCAACUGUGGUGAGUGUCUUGACAGUGUUAUUUCAAUGA